CCCCCUUCGGCAACGACCCCGUCGCGAGAGCGUCAGCAGCAGCCAGAAGCAGUACAAACUCCCACGGCUCGAACUGUGCCUAUAACAGAGUGGACUGUCCAGAAAAUCGCCAAUCGGCUCAGAACGUUCAAUCAAGAGGUUCGGAGUGACCAUUCUCAGCUUGUCGCGCACGCCAUUGAGUCGGCAAAGUGUAGAGAAUGGCGCACGCAUCAUGGGUUGGACCUCUUUCGGAACCUUCAUCCUCACCCAAAUCCGGAAAUAAAGGGCAAACAGGUCAAAAUCAGAUUCAAGCACAACAAAAAUAAGAAGGACUAUCGGGAUUUCCGUUACAAUGUGGUUUGCAUUAAAACUAACAAGGAGGCUGUUCCAUCCUAUCGGUUCCACCAUGUGGAAAUCAAGAAGAAUGUCUUGAUGCCCAACACCAUGUUGACGUUUGUUCCCCAUUUACGAGAUCUUGAGGGGUCUGAAGAGGCCAAGUACAACCUUUGGCUUAAAGAGCUGGAGGAUAUUGACCUCAAAUCGGGGUUCAAGCCCAUGAACCGCGACGAGAAACAUGUGGCAAUCAUCCAAGCCGAGCGCGCUGCAGCUCUUUCUCUAUACUUGGAUAUGUGGCUCAAAGAGCUCAAUAUAUCAUUCUGCAACAAGUCCACUCUCGUCAAAUAUAUGAAAAACCAAUCUGACGACUCAAUGACACCUCGACAAAAAGCGGAUCUUUUCAAAUCCAGUAGCGAUGACAAUGCCUUAUCACCAGAAGCGCACUUGGUCGCAGAUAUGUUUCAGGAUGCAUUCCAACUGGUUUUUAAGGAAAAUCUGGUGGACUAUAAGCAGGUCGAACUACGAAAAGUUUUGUUUAUUGAUGGAUCUAUUGACGGCGCCACGGACACUAAAACUGCAGCCAAAGAGGUCACCGCUACUCAGCAAGAUAACGAAGACGAAAUCGCCGAAUCUAAUCUGGCUACGUACUGUAUUCUAGGAUGUCUCAUUUGCUUUAGCCAUUCUUGCGACCAUGGCGAGUAUGACAUCAAGAACUGGAAGCGCACGUUUUCCUUGUCAUCCAACGCACCUUUGUCGGACAUUUUGCAGAGGAAACGAAUAGCGGCAGCUGGAGCAAAUAGUAUUGCAAAUGAUCCUUGCGAACGGAGAUGCUAUCGCCUGAAACUCCCUCCCGACCCGACUGCAUUGAUGAAACCAUGGUCUGAAGAUGAACGCAUUCUUUUGCGCUCUUUAUACGUCACGACGGAUUUCAGCAAAACCAAAAUAGACCCCAUCUGCCUGGCCACCGAAUUUCUCGAUCGGAACUGCGAUGAAGUGUACGCAGAAUUUCAGUCAUCAAACAUCAAUGUACCAGAACUGGAACCCAUGGAACCUCCUCGACCGCGAAACAUAUCAUGGUAUGAUCGUAAGCGGAAGAUGCUCGUGGGAGAUUGGCAAGAGCAUACCAUCACUCACGAGCAUCAGCGGCGAGAGUUGCUGGAACCCUGCUCCCACGAUGGUCCAUGUGCUCCAAAAGUAUGUCCUUGUGUAGAUGCGGGGGUUUUGUGCGAGAGAUUCUGCGGCUGUACAGAGGCAAACUGUUCUUAUAAAUUCACGGGCUGUGCCUGUCAUUCUCAAGGCAAAUCAUGUCUCACGAAGCCCUGCAUAUGCGUUCAACUCAACCGCGAAUGUGAUCCGCAAUUGUGUGGUUCAUGCGGCGCUUUUGAGCGUGCUGAUCCUGCAAACGCGGACGAUUAUUACCUGCACUCUACAGGGUGUCAAAAUUGUGAUUUACAACGUGGUCGGCACAAGACUGUUCUUCUCGGACAAAGUCAGCUCGAAGGGGUUGGCUAUGGACUCUUUACUGCCGAAGAUAUUGUCCAGGACGAAUUUAUUGUUGAGUACGUGGGGGAGCUCAUCACCCACGAUGAGGGUGUCCGCCGAGAGGCAAGACGAGGCGACGUAUUUGAUGAAGAUUCCAACAUAUCAUACGUUUUUACCCUACUCGAAAACGAGGGUAUCUGGGUCGAUGCUGCUAUUUAUGGCAAUCUGAGCCGAUAUAUCAACCAUGCUUCCGAACAUGACAGACAAGGGUGCAACAUUACUCCGCGAAUUCUCUACGUCAACGGCGAAUAUCGAAUCAAAUUUACGGCUUUGAGAGAUAUCAAGGCCGGGGAGGAGCUCUUUUUCAAUUAUGGAGAAAAUUUUCCGAACCUUACCAAGAAACUUCUUGAUCACAAAUCUGGAGAAAAACCAAAGGUGCCCAGAAAGGCUGGUCGACCGAAGCGUGCCGAAACAAGUGAUCGAGUCGCGCGGAAAGUGCCUAAAAUAGAGCACAAAACGGCGGGAAGGCCGCCAAAGUCGAAAAAGAAGAAGCAAACUACAGCAAGGCCGGUGGGAAGACCAGCAACGAAAAGACCAGCAGCAAAGGCAAGGGAGGAAGCCCAUUCCCGCAAGCGAAAGCGCCACCAUUUAACUGACUCUGAGGAGGAGGAAUAUCAGCCAACGGGUACGGAGUUGGCAUCACGAACUGAAUCUGGUCUUGACUCUGAAGGAGUGCCACUUCUUGACUCGAAGCGGCUUCGGAAGACAACAAGAUCUCAGAGAGUCCCAGAGCAGGUUACGCCUACAAAGCCGCCGGUAGCAGACGAACCAAAGCCGCGUAGCAAACGAGGAGGAGCUCGGCCUGGCAGCGGGCGGCCUAGGAAGCAUCCUCGGACCGUCCCAAAGCCAAAUAGAGCGUCUGCUGAGUCUCCUCAGCCUCCCCAACUUAGCCAAGCCGCGUCUCAGGAGUCUCGUUCUGAACCAGAAUCAUUUAUCAAUGCUUCUACUAUCACACCUACGCCCAUGUCUACUCCUACAACAACACCCAAGUACACCAGGGCAAGCCGAGGGCAUGAACCUGAAGACGCUAUUGAAAUUGAGGAUAGCGAAGAUCAAGAU